AUGGCUGACUGGGCAGGAUCCAAUUUCACCGAAAGUCGCCACACGGAUACGUAUCUUACGAUCGACCCUAGCAAGCUCGAUUUUGGUGGGCGCUACGUCUUCAUUACCCGCGCGUCCAAAGGUAUAGGCCGGGACAUAGCUCUGUCGUAUGCAAGUGCCGGAGCCGCCGGUAUUGGCAUUGGGGCGCGGUCGGACACGGCGGACCUGCCGGGGCUGUUAGCAGAGGCAGCGCGCAUGGCCGGCCACACAGAACCCAAAGUUGUAGCUGUGUCCGUUGACGUGACCGACAAGGAUAGUGUCGCAGCGGCGGCCGUAGCCGUGGGCGACGUCUUUCCUCGUCUGGACGUGCUGGUCAACAAUGCCGGCAUCGCCAGCCAUGUUCUGUGGACUGGUGCGGUUGCUUACCAUACGAGCAAGCUGGCGGUUCUGCGUCUGGCCGAGCUUCUUAACGUCGAUUACAGCAAAUCUGACGGCCUAUUGGCCUACUCGGUACACCCAGGCAUCUCGCCUACUGAUAUGGGCAACCGCCUUCCGGAGUAUCUUACCUCGAAAGUUACUGAUACGCCAAAGCUGGGCGCCGACACUGUCGUGUUCCUUACCGAAAAGCGCCGUGACUGGCUUGCUGGUCGCUACAUUGCGGCCAACUGGGAUAUGGACGAGCUUCUCUCCCGGGAGAAAAUAAUUGUGGAGGGAAACAAACUCAAGGUGCGGAUGAUUGCAUAG